CCCCCCCAGGACCCCCGCCGCCGCCGCCCCCUCCUUUCCCGCCCAUGGCAGCCCGGCCCGGCCCUUGGUGAGGGGCUGAGGAAGAGGCGAGAUGGGCAACACGGCGCACAAGACCCUGGCUGCAGACUCCAGCCAACAGGCCCGCUCAGUAUCUCACAGACCUUACUACACAUUGCCUAAUGGUAGCCAUGAGAGGCGUUCUGUCCUCACUAUUACUGAGCCCCCGCGUUUCCACUUCCAGGCCAAAGGAAAAAACAUCCGCCUGGAUGCCCAUUCUCGCAAGGCCACCCGGAGGAACAGUUUCUGCAAUGGCAUCACUUUCACUAACCGACCCAUUCACCUCUAUGAGAAAGUGCGGCUCAAGCUGGUCUCCGUGCACCAUGGGUGGAGUGGGGCGCUACGCUUUGGCUUCACCACUCACGAUCCAUCACUGAUGAGUGCAGAUGACAUCCCAAAGUAUGCCUGCCCAGACCUAGUAACAAGGCCUGGCUUCUGGGCCAAAGCUUUGCCAGAGAGAUUUGCGCUAAGAGAUAACAUCCUGGCAUUCUGGGUUGAUCGCCAUGGGAGAGUUUUCUACAGCAUCAAUGAUGAAGAGCCAAUUUUGUUUCACUGUGGCGUCAAAGUCUCUGGGCCUCUCUGGGCACUGAUAGAUGUUUAUGGAAUCACCCAUGAAGUGCAAAUACUAGACAGCAUGUUUGCUGAAACGAUGACUUCUACCCGUCUCAGCAAUGCACGACUCAGCACUUGCCUUCCACAAAGCAGCCAUGAUUCAGCCAAUUUUAACAACAAUGAACUAGAGAAUAACCAAGUAGUGGCCAAAAUUGCCAAUCUGAACUUGAGUCGUAUGCCUGGGCUGCCAGCAGAUAACCACACCAUUCCUUGCUGCCCCAGCAGACGGCAGCUUGCCCAAGUGGUGCCUGCCUUUCUGGAUACCGAUCUCCGUUUCCACCCUACCCGGGGGCCUGACAUCAACUUCUCUCAGGACCGGAUGUCUGCCUGCACCAACUGGCAAGAGAGCAAUAGAACUUUGGUGUUUUCUGACCGACCGCUGCACAUUGGUGAAAACCUCUUUGUAGAAGUUGGGCACCUGGGACUGCCCUAUUAUGGAGCUCUCACAUUUGGCAUCACCUCUUGUGAUCCAGGUACUUUACGGACCAAUGAGCUUCCAGCAGAUCCAGACUUCCUUCUGGAUCGCAAGGAGUACUGGGUGGUUUGCCGAGGAUUCCCAGUCCUCAACAAUGGUGACAUCCUCAACUUUGUAGUCUUGCCAAAUGGAGAAGUGCACCAUGGAAUAAAUGGGAUGAGUCGUGGGAUGCUGAUGUGCGUCGAUACCUCACAGUCACUAUGGGUGUUCUUCACAAUCCAUGGCGUCAUAAAUCAGCUCAAAAUAUUAGGCACAGUGCAGUCCAGUCCAGUGACGGUCUCCCCCUCAGGAUCCCCUGGAGGCUCCCAGUAUGACAGUGACUCAGAUAUGGCUUUCAGUGUGAACAGGUCUUCUUCUGCUUCUGAAUCAUCCCUAGUGACUGCUCCAAGUUCUCCUUUGAGUCCUCCGGUGUCCCCAGUGUUCCCACCACCAGAGCCCUCAAGCAGCAAGAAUGGGGAGUGCACCGUUUGCUUUGACAAUGAGGUAGAUGUGGUGAUCUACACCUGCGGACACAUGUGCCUCUGCAACACCUGUGGUCUUAAGCUGAAAAAGCAACUCAAUGCCUGCUGCCCCAUCUGCCGACGGGUCAUCAAAGACAUUAUUAAAAUAUACCGUCCUUAACCUCACUUCACCCCCCACCUGGGUGUGAAUGAUGAGAGACAGGGGGAAGAAUGUUGUUAACAGUUACUACAACUUACUGUCCCUUCUUUUGGGUUAUUGUGCUGGUUGGUGGUUCCUGAGUGGCUCUUUUGUCUCUAUUUCCAUGUGUUUGACCAGUAGAAACAAAUCAGGGAUAAUUAAGUGAACUGGGCAACUCUCUGGUCCUCGUGGAGGCUGAAGGUACAGCUGUGCAGUGGGCAGGGCUUUGUAAUGGUGCUGCUCUAAUGGGUGAAAAACAGGGUGUGGUAGGACCUGAACUCUAAAUAGACUGUAGAUUUCAAAAAAGAAAGAAAACUCUUGUGCAUUUGUUCUCAUUACAAAUUACAGUACUGCUGUCUCCUAUCACAAAAGGUGUUACAGCAAGCAAUUUUUAAAAUUAUUUGCACUUUAUCCCAGUUUAGGAAAAUUAGCAAAUUAGCCAGCUUCUCAUAGAGUUUCAAGCAGGAAGGAGGAGAUUUUAAUGAUUAAAUGUUUUCUUUAGAAGUCAAGAAGUGCAUCAGGCCAUGAAGCCUCUCUUGUCACCUUCUGAAGAGUGUUGAGAGGCCAGGAAACACUGAUGACAUUGGAUAAUUUCAAGGCAUCCCCCCCCCCCGCCUUUCACAGACCAAGGGGCGAGAAUAUAGGGCAUACGAUUGAAAUCACACUUCAAAACAACUGAAGGAAGAAGUAGUCUAUGUCAGUGUGACCUUCUCAUUCACGGUUUAGUGCCCCACAUUUUCUGGUUUUAUCUUAGUUUGUGAACCCAGACUAAGGAGCAAGACACUUGCAUGGAUGAAUAAGUCUGUCUGUGAGAGAAGCAAAAAGCUAUAAAUGUCCUCUGAAUACGAAAAGUAAACAAUUUCUGGGCAGAGCUUUUCCCUCCUUUCUUAGGCACCAUUUGAAACUUCCAGCUGCUGUACUGAGCAACUGCUGCGUAUAUCUUGAUGUAGAGAGAUUCAUUUACUGGUAGCAGUAAGCCUCAGCCUGCAGAAGAGGAGUACUGGAUACCCCUGAAGGUUAUGAAUGCCCCUAGUCAAGCAGCUGUGAACAGUGACAUGUGCAGGUGGCCUUGUAACCAGGCAGCAAAGGAAUAAGAUUGAGGGAGAAUUUGGCAUUUCAAACUUCCACAAUUUCCUUCCUUGUGAUUUGUAAAUAAAUGCUUUUAUUGAUGUUUUCUGCCAUCCUUCCACAGAGUUUGUAUCAACAAAUUAGGCAGCAAUGUGGGAGCCCUCCUUUCUUCCUCUCCAGGGAGUAGUCUUCUAUUCUACAAUGGAGGCAUCUAACUGAAAUCAAGAAGCUUUUCACUUUGCAUUGUUUGUUGGAAAAAGAAUUUGCAAGCUAUUAUUAGAUGCUUGAUCUUAAAAGAGAAAUGCAACUUUGGUUGUAGUGUUAGGAAGCUCUGAAUGGCAUUAUGUGAAACAGGCUUGGGACAUUAGAAAAAGAGCAAUAAAACCACUAUAUCCUUGGCCCAUUUACUAAUUUUCUUUUCUCAGUGAGGCCUUGUUGUGUCACAUCACACACAAAUCUGGCCAUGCCCUCACUGUUCCCUAGGCAGUCUAACCUUUUUUUUUUUUUUUUUGGCUCAACCAAAGCCUGUAUGAAGAAACUCUGUCAAAUCAAAUGGAAAUACAACAGUUGUGUCUGCCAUGAUAGUAAUUACUGUAUUUCAGUAUGCUACAGGUGCUCUGCAAAGUAGACGUAAUUGUAUAUUUUCUGAUUUAUGCCCCAAUCCCUGUGAACCACGGUGCUAGAACAGUUUGUAGGAUCCCCAGAGAAUACAUCUCAAACACUCCCUAUAUGGGAGAGCUAAGAACCCACAACAGAUGAGAAUAUAGCCACUUGGGUUGUUUCUUAGAACGCAGGCUUUGUGCUCUUGCUCUCAGGGAAAUGGCAAGUUUCUUUCCCCCUCCUUUUAGGUGACCUACUCUGAUGUUUUGGGAGGGAGAGAAGGACUAGAGCAGACUUUGACCACAACAGAUAAGGUAUGGAGCUCUCUAACUCAGCAGAGAAUUGUCAUUAAACCUACAGGGAUGUAGUUGGCAUCAAGGAGACUAUAACAGUUCUUCCCAUGCAUAAACUCUAUAUUCAGUGGUGCACAGAUUGGGCUUCUUGUAGGUGGCUGCCCAGCUUGACUGUCAGUGGUACCUUAGCAUCCACCUGGCUCAGCCUUCAGCUCCUAGCAAAAUCAUACUUGUACUCCCAAAAUGCUCACACUUAGAACCUAAGUACCCUUAAGGCACCAGAUCCCAUCUGAUCUUGGUCAACCCUGAUUUGUUACAUGGAUGGGAGAUCACCAAUUAAUAUUACAGAGGAAGGAACUGGCAAACCACCUCUGAAUAUUCCUUGCAUAAGAAAACCCUAUGAAAUUCAUGCAGUCACCAUAAGGCAACAGACAAUUUGAAGGCAUGCACGUAUGUGCGCGCACACACGCACGCACACAUAUUUAUAGACUAUGGUAGAAGCUGAAUACUGGUAAGGUACAAUUCCUUCCCUCAGUUGGUUACGGUCAUGUUCUGAAUACAGAAAAUUAGUUCAAAGGCAUCAGACUGGACUUCUCUUGCAAGUUCCUUCAAGCAGCAGAUAGUAUCUUGGGUCAAGCAGGAAAGCCUGUUUAUUUUAGUGGUUUGAGACAUUAUAGUGCAUGCCAACUACCAGUCAUUUCAUAAAACUUGCAAGUGUCUUAAUUAGCAUACAGAGGCUUGCAGAAAUGGUGAGGUUAGUGUUACAGUGUGGUUGGUUGGUACAGCCAACUGUUUGCUCAGAUGGGAUGCCAGCUGCCUUGUGAGAUCAGUAUAGCCUGGAAUCACAAAAUGUCCCCAAACACUAAUGUUUAAUUCUCUUGUUUGUACUGAAGUUAUAAACCAGUGAACACCCCCCUCCCCAUGGUUAUCCACAUGGAGAGGAUUCUUAAUACUGAUAAUGUUAGAAUUACAGAUUGUGAAGGCGAUAUGCAAGCAGUAUUUAAAGCAAGCAAAGCAUAUUCAGAUAAUUCCUACUACAACAACUGGAGAGUGUAGAUUUCUUUUCCUUUGUAUUCCAUAAGCUUCACAAUAUGCCCUUGAAUAGCUGAACAUAGAUAAAGCUGCUGAGGAGAGGCACCAUUCGUGUGGGGGUGGGUGGGUGAGGAUUUGACUGUAUUGUUAACAGAUGUUGGACAGCCAGUUCCAAAAUGUCUAUACAAGGUAUGUUGAAAGUCCAGUUAAGGGUCACUUCAUAUCUUGAAGGUAUAUAUUUACCUAUUUUUGCAAUAUAUAUUUAUUGCAUGAUAGGCUUCAGUGCUCAUAGCUCCAUCCAUGGAAAUGAGCUCUCUACCUGAAAGCUGACCUGCUUCACAUAAUUAAGCCAUUCUUCAAAGUUGCAGUUAUGUGGUCAGAGUAGUUGUCUGAAACAAUUUUUUUUAUUCAGAUAUGAAGCCAUCCUAGUCAAGCCAACACUGCUUAGUUCCCUGACCUUCUGCUGUUGACCAUAGAAGCUCCUGCCUGCCUAAGUGGCACUGAACAGUGUGGUCCAAAGAGAUUCCUUUGCUUGCAAGAGGAUUUCUAAUUGUGCAUAAUCACAGUCCCUGUUGUUUAAUGCCACAGACAUGAUGAGAUUAUUCCCUAACCAUCUUAACUCCAACCAUGGAACUAAGCAACAUGUUGACUGCAAACUACAAUGAAUUUGAAUGGAAUUCCUUUGUGGCAGCUGUGGCUACCAUUUUAAGUCUCAAAAGCUAAAGGUGGAAAAGUGGAUAGAGAGGUUUCUCAAAAAGAAAGGCAUAUAUUUUUCCAGAUGUGACAUAAUUCUAAGCAAGCCUAGCCAUUUAAUAAUUGGUCAUUAGCAAGUCACUAGUACCGAGUCAUAGUCACUACCUCCUUUCUACUACUAACAUUUUGGGGGAUUAACUGCUAUGGUGUACUUUCCCCCAUAUCUCCUUCAGUUUAAUACUCAGUUGCUAUGUCAGAAAAACCUGCAUGAGCAUUUGCUUAGUCUCUUUGGAGGUAGAAGUGUUUGGCUUUAGUUGGUCUGGUUCAGUAUGCCCUGCAACUUUUUACUAACUGCCAGUGAGAUUAUAUUUCAAGAAGAACUUUAAGUUUACACCGUGGUGCAGAGAUGGAAAGGGUGCAUGUUGACUUAAUUAUUUUGGUUAAAAUGGAUUUCUCCAAAGUAGCAGCAUCUCACAGGGCUUUGGGGCAGGAUAAAGAGUCCAUAGCUAUGGACUGUGAAGCAGAUGGAGAAAAAGCAGCAAUGGAUACACAGCUUUACAUAACUCCAGCCUCACAAGGAAUUCUCAAAUUCUGACAGAUAACUUUUAAGAGAUGGACUUUACUUAGCAAUUUGUUCUUGUUAGUGCUCUUCUUAAAAAACAAAACAAAAAAACAAUCUCUUUUCAGAAGAUCUGUUUGUGCCUUAUAAGGGUGUCUGUGCACUUUUUAUCCUUUUUAAUGCUACUUUAAAUCAAACGAAGGAAAAAAAGGAACUUAACCACAGAAGGCUGGUAGUUUUAUAGAAUUUUAUGUGUUCACCAGGAACUCUUGCUUUUUUUUUUUUUUAUUGGAGUGGAAAUUGUAUGUUUUCAUUGAAUUUUUGCUGCCACCCUCCUCCCCAUGUCCUCUUUGUAUAAAAAGCUUUUUAAAAAGUUUCCAGAUUUCUAAUACUUCUUGAUAUUUUUUCUGGUUCAUGACUGUGGUCUGUACAUCACAUUCUAAAAUAAGCCAGAUUUGAUUGUCUCUGUGAUAAGACUUUCAAAGCAAAUUAUUUGGAGAAGGAAGUUUGCACUUCUUUACAUGUUAAUACUCUCUAGCAUUGUGACCUGUAGUGUGUGGUUUUUUUUUUAUUUUGAUCUGUUUUACAUUAAUAUAAAGUUUUACCUGU